AGACCUGGUCAAUGCCAUGAGGAAAGAUGGUUGGGAUGGGAAUGAAGACCCAAAUGAAGUCCAGUGGUCUUUUGCUGGUGCUUUAUUCUACUCCAUCAUUUUGAUCACAACCAUUGGUUAUGGUCACAUUGCUCCUAAAACAGCUUGGGGGAAAGUGGUGACUAUAUUUUAUGCCAUUGUGGGCAUUCCUCUGAUGCUUCUGUGCUUGUCCAACAUUGGUGAUGCUAUGGCACAAUCCUUCAAGUUCCUCUACUGGAAAGUCUGCUGUUACAUGUGUGAGAAGAAACCAAAGAAAGCCAGGGCUAGGGCAAGGGGCAAAAGCUUCAGGGGCAGGGACAGGUCAAUGAGGGGAAGUGGGAGAGGAUCUUUCAGAAGAGGCAUCAGACAAUCUCAGCGCUCAGCAGAUUCCAUAUUGUCAGAUUCAGGUGUACCAACAUCCAUGUCUUAUGCUGCAUCUGACCCAGAGUUCAAUUACUAUCCAGAUGAUCCAGACCAUCCAAGACAUGGCAUAAACAGAAACAGGCCACAAUCUGACCAGUUUGGAGUCAAGAGGGAGUCCAAAAGGUCCACCCACUCUGAUCCAACCACCAGCGCUGACCAACAUGGAGGACACUUGAAUAGAAAUGAUGAAGCUGUUUACUCAAACAAAUAUGCUGUGGACACUGAGGAGAGACCAUCCCCCAAAUCUGGAAGACAUAAAAGCAGGACUAAACACCUCUCUCAGCAUGUAAUAAGAGAACAACCUCUGAAUCCAGCAAACCUAAGAGGCCAGCCACAAAGAAGUCAACAUGACAUGGAGGAGUAUGCUGAUGAACAAGUGUACCCUGAGGACUAUUACUACUAUGAUGAUGGGGAUGACUACUACUAUGAUGACCAAGAGCCAGACCCAUCACAGCGCUCUGUGCCCAUCUGGCUCUGUGUCUUCUUGGUAGUGGGCUACAUUUUUGGAGGCGCCUUCUUGUUCUCUGGUUGGGAAAAGUGGAACUUUCUGGACUCUGCCUACUUCUGCUUCAUCACCCUGACCACAAUCGGAUUCGGAGACUUCGUUCCUGCGCAAAACGUUAAAGUCAACGGGGAAGUCAGUAUCACUUUGUGUUCACUUUACUUACUUUUCGGGAUCGCCCUCUUGGCCAUGAGCUUCAAUUUGGUCCAAGAAGAAGUCAUCAACUCUGUCAAAUCUGUUGCCAAAAGCCUGGGAAUAAUCAAGGACGAGGAUGAAGACGAGGACUAAGAGCUUUGCUGAUUUCUUCUUUUUUUUGCACAAAAAUGGGUCACCUGAGGCGCUAAAAAUAUAAACAUGAAUCGAAAUUAUAUGAAAAACCUCAGUGGGACACGUGUUCUCGAUUACAUUUGAUGAAACGGCGUUUGGAAAAUAUAUUUUGAGCCAGUUUGAUGAAAAGCUCAGUUUUACAGAAUCAGGAGGAAAAAAAAACAUUUUGAUUGGAUGGUGAAUAAAAACUGCGAAAGGAGUUUCAGCAACAA